GAGUCUCUCUAUGUUGCCUAGGCUGGUUUCCAACUCUUGGGCUCAAGCAAUCCUUCCACCUCAACCUCCCGAGUAGCUCAGACUACAGGUACACGCCACUGCACCUGGCUUCUUUUACCAAUCUUUUAAUUGUGCUACCUUUUUCCCUCUUAUUGUUUGAAAAGAGUUCUUUAUACACUCUGGGUAUAAUACAUAUACAAUAUUGAAGAUAAUAGAAAUAUUUCUUGCCUUUCAUUCUCUUCAUUGUGUCUUCCAAUGAACAGAAUGACUCUUUUGUUGCAUUUCUUAAUAUUUUCCUUUAUGAUUGGUGUUUUUUGUAUCUUGUUUAAGAAAUCUUUGCUUAUCUUAAGAAGCCACCUAAUCUCCUACGUUAUCCUCUAUAAAUUUUAUUGUUUUACUGUUCACACUUAAGAGUUUAAAUCUCCUGGACUUGAGCUUUUGUGUGUGGUGUGAGGUAACAAUCAACAGUUUUUUUCUUUCAGAAAAAGGAUCACUGAGGGAAAAAAAAAAUUUUUCUUCCCCCAUAAGGCUAUUGAGCUGACUUAGCAGUCCUUUCCUCACCACUCUGUGGUGCUACCUUGUCAUAAAUCAAGUGUCUCUAUCACAUGGCUUGAGAGGAAAGGAAUAAAUACAGAAAUAUAAAUACACAAAAUUAAGUAUCUCUAUAUAUGUGGGUCUGUUUCUGGACAUUUAAUUCUGUUCCAUUUGUUCAUCCUAUGUCAAUACUGUACUGCCUUACUUAUUGUAGCUUUAUGAUAAAUCUUGAUAUGUAGUAGUGUAACUCUUCCAAAUUUAUUUUCCUUAUCCAAAAAUACCUUGGUUAUUUAACCCUUUGCUUUAUUUAAUUCUCAUGAAAACCCUGUGGUAUGAGACAGUUUUGAUUUUUAUCUCCAUUUCACAGGCUGGCAAACUCAGAGAAGUAAUAUGCCCAUGGCCACACAGCAAUCAAGUGCUAAUGAGGGAUUAGAAUUCAGAUUUAUCUGCUUCUAGGCCUAAGAACUCAAGCGCUAUAUGUACUACCUCCUUAAUCCUAAUGCCAAAUGACCCCGUCAGGGUAUUUAAUAUGAAUGCAUUACAAUUUUAAGAAAUUCUCACAUUCUAAAUCAUUCAUUUGCGGUGAAAAAAUCUUGUUUGGGCUGUGUGUGGUGGCUCAGGCCUGUAAUCCUAGCACUUCGGGAGGUUGAGAUGGGAAGAUCUCUUGAGGCUAGGAGUUCCACACCAACCUCAACAUAGUGAGACUCCGUCUCUACAAAAAAAUUUAAAAACAGGCAGGCGUGUUGAUGUGCGCUUGUAUUCCCAGCUACUUUGGAGGCUCAGGCAGGAGGACUGCUUCAGCUCACGAGUUCCAGGUUUCAGUGAGCUAUAUGAUUGCACUACUGCACUCCAGGGUGGGUAACAGAAUGAGACUAUGUCUCUAAAAAAAUAAAAAAUAAAAAAUAAAUUGUUUGGCAAUUACCAAGGCCACUUUCCUGGUGGAACUCAGGAAAACAAUGGAACAAGAGGGAAAAACCUCUAGGAUUCCUUCCCAUGUCUACAGAGGAUCAGUCCCGCUCCUCACCUGGGCUCCCCGGGCACGGCCCCCCUCCACCUCUCCAGCUUUAGCUUCUGCUGCCAUUAUUCUUCCCCUUGACUCUUAGGCCACACUCGACUACUUAUAUUCUCCCACUAGUCCAAGUCUUUCACAUAGCUGCACCUUUGCUCACAACAUCCUCUCCCAUUCCUGGCUAUUUCCUCCUUUUUCUUUAAAACCUAGGUAUCACUUCUCUAGAAGGCCCUCCUUGUCCUCUGUGUCUCCUAUACUAGCAUGUCACACUGUCCAAGAGUUCAGCUGUCUAACUAGACUGCCAGACACUGGGCCAGAAUUAUCGCUGGAUUCUGCAACUUGAAUGGUAGCUAACAGAGCUAUAAAGUCCUGACAGAAAUCAGAGAGACUUUUUUUUUUUUUUUACUAUAUUCCAUAAAUUAAAACGGACUCUGGCCAGGUAUGGUGGCUCAUGCCUGUAAUCUUAGCACUUUGAGAGGCUGAGGGUGGAGGAUCACUUGAGCCCAGGAGUUCAAGACCAGCCCUGGCAAUACAGUGAGACCCCAUCACUACAAAAAAGAAAGAAAGAAAGAAAGAAAGAAAAAAAGAUAGCUGGGUGUGGUGGUGCACACCUACAGUCCUAGCUACUCGGGAGGCUGGGGUGGAAGGAUCACUUGAGACUGGGAGGUUGAGGCUGCAAUGAGCCAUGGUUGCUCCAUUGCACUCUAGCCUGAACAGAGUGAAACCCUGUCACAAAACAAAACAAAACAAAACAGGACUGUAAGAGAAGGCCUGAGAGAAAAGACUUCUAAUAGGUUCAGGACACAUUCUUUGAUAGAAGUAGCAAAUUAGAAAGCUUAGGGAAAAGAUGGAAAUAUCUUCUGUGAUGGACUUGGACUUUCAGUUGAGACAGGAAUGGGAUGGAGUGCUAGAAAGGCAGAUAUUUGGCCGGGCGCGGUGACUCACGCCUGUAAUCCCAGCACUUUGGGAGGCUGAGGUGGGUGGAUCAACAGAUCAGGAGAUUGAGACCAUCCUGGCUAACAUGGUGAAACCCUGGCUCUACUAAAAAAUACAAAAAAUUAGCUGGGCAUGGUGGCAGGUGCCUGUAGUCCCAGCUACUUGGGAGGCUGAGGCAGGAGAAUUGGCGUGAACCUGGGAGGUAGAGCUUGCAGUGAGCCAAGAUUGCGCCACUGCACUCCAGCCUGGACGACAGAGCAAGACUGUCUCAAAAAAAAAGAAAAAAAGGCAGAUAUUCAAUGGCUGUAUAGAGUAUGGCAGGCUGUGGUUUAUUCAAAGACUUCAGAAGAAGUGAAAUAUUCCUUUGAGGUACACAAUUAAAACUAACAGCAAGGCAGCUUCUUCUGAGAUGUAUUCAUUCCACAAGCUGAGAGUGGGCAGCAGUCUCUCCAACGGGGCAUUUUCAAGCAAAUGAGAUCUGACGUUCCUUUCUGGAUAGAAGGAGAGACCACCCCUAGGUGCUCCCCUGCCCUGUGACCCUCGGAUUACCUUGGUGCCAGCCCAAGGCAGUGCGGCCCAAACACUGUGAAGUCUUUUGAGAACCUCCAGAUUGAGUACAACCUCACUGACUUUUUUCAUUAAGAACAUAAGCUUAAUUUUCAUAAACAUCUUUUCCAGGAGCACCAAGCUAGCCCUCUUUCAACACCAGCAAAAUGGAGAAAAGGAAAAUCUCAACAGUAUCCAACCUAGGUUUUCCAGAUUUUGUCAGUUAAUUCCCAUUUUUAAGGUCACUCUGCUCACUGAAAGGAAGAAAAAGAAGGACUUAAAAGCCUCUUUCAGAGAGGGCAAUACCAUUUUAGUCCUCUACAUCCUUCAUGGUUUUCUCUACUGGCUUAGCUGUGCUCAAAACAAGGACUUCUUUUUCCUUCACUUAGAUAUUCAGAAUCUAGGACAUCAUAAGGUUGUGGAUGUUUUAGAAAAUAGAUAAUCUUCUGGCAUGAGAAAUAUCCUUAAUUAGCUAUUUUUCCUCAAAACUGGAGGGGGGUGAGUAUUGACAUUUGGGCAGCUUAUGCAAUUCAAGAGCUUCUGUCUUCUGUCUUCAAGUAUUGCCUUAUGUUAGAAAUAAGUUUCCAGAAAAUAAAUGUCAAAGACCAGACACUCAUGCUAAAGGCUAGAUGCUUCUGAUCCAAACUUACGAACCUCCUCCUACCUUUCCUAAAAGGGACUGUUACAUGGGGUACAAAUAUGAAUGAUUAAUUUAUUUUCUGCCCAGAUAUAAGAAUCAACUCAUAACACUUUCCUGUUUGGGUGAGCUACUGGGAAGAAUAAACAAAAGCUGGCUAGAACUCCACAAAGUUCCAUUGUUCUUUUGUGCUUUCUCUGCUGCACUGUUACAUGGGAGUUCCAAGGCAGCAGGGUCACGUGGGAUGCUAUACAUCAGUGGUCCCCAAUCUUUCUGGCACUAGGGACUGGUUUCGUGGAAGACAAUUUUUCUAUGGACCAGGGUGGAGGUGGGGAGAUGGGGGAUGGUUUCGAGGUGAAACUGUUCCACCUCAGAUCUUCAGGCAGUACUUAGAUUCUCACAAGGAGCACGCAACCUAGAUCCCUCACAUGUGCAGUUCACAAAAGGGUUCACACUCCUGUGAGGAUCUAAUGCUGCCACUCAUCUGACAGGAGGCGGAGCUCAGGCGGUAAUGCUCACUCACCUGCCACUCACCUCCUGCUGUAUGGCCCUGUUCCUAACAGGCCAUGGACAAGAACAGGUCUGCAGCCUGGGGAUUAGGGAUCCCUGCUAUACAUGACUGUAUGGUACAUAGCACUUCUGUGGCAUGUGGUUUAAGCUCAGUGUCAUUUGAUGGCCAGGAGAUCCACUUGAAAAUCCCUAUUUUUAGCAGACCUUGUAGGAUGCCAACAUUUGGGGCCAGAUUCUCAUUACUGAAAUGAAUGCUAUGGAGCUAAGGCUGCGGUGCCUAGCUGGGCUAGACAUUUGCAAAAAGAGAGCAGAGACUGGCAGACAGUGCCAAUUCUCAACAGAAUCUUUUGAUUAGAAUGCCAAGUUGCUAUAAGGGCAUCAGUAACAUCCUCACCCUUUAGCAGGCAAAGGAGGCUGGGUUGUGAGAAAACAAACUCUGAUCCACCUGAUCCUCUACUGCUUUUUGAUUCUGAGAAAAAAAAAUUGUUCAGUAACUCCAGCUGCCUGAACAGAAAUUACUUUCUGAGGAGCUAGAAGCCCUGACUGGAAAAGAGCUCUGGGGGAUUAUGGCAUGGGAGGAGACCUGUCAGGCAUCAGGCUUAUGUGGGAAGGACCCACGCUGACUACAACAGUACAAGUAACUGCCUGAGUGGCUCCAUAACAUGGAAACGGCAAUCGUAUGCUCCAAAGACAGAGUUACUGUUUUAAGGACAGAGGAACCUUCGUAUAGAUUCUUAGUGAAAAGCUUAUUUUAAGGAUGUUUGCUGAAAUUCCAUGUUUUUCACAUUUGUUUUCAAAAGAGCAUUGUCCUUCAUAUAUAGUACAUGAAAAAUUACAAUAUUCAUGUUUUUUAGAUACAAAGUCAUACACAAAUAGAGGAGGAAUAAUUUCAAAUUGCAAAGCAUACCAGCAAAGAAAGAGGGAAAUGAGACUCUAGAUAUGGAUUUAUUAGGUGACAAGGAUUCUUUUCUCUAUAUUUUAAUAUAUUUUCCAAGCUUUGAACCACGGGCUAAGGAUGGGCCUUGUUCUCUGUCCUGCCUAAAAACUGACAGAAGCGUGGGUGACCAACCCCAGACAUGCUUGGCACUGCUGAGUUUUCAUCUCUGUUGUAAUCUUCUGACACCUCCUUGCAAAAUAUCAAGUGUUAGAUGCUAAUACUGGCCCCCUCUUUGUUGAAGGAGAAAGCAUGUAAAAAGACAACUGUCCAAACCCUGUGGCUACAAAGUCUUUUUUUUGCUUCCUAAGAGAUUUACUGUAUUCUUCUAUUUCUAGAACUUUUCUAAGUUGGAAGAUUUCAAAUGUGAGAUAGUGUUAGAUCCAGGUUGAGUAAGGAUUUUAUAAAAUACUAAAUAAUGAUCAGAGACGGGAAUAAUCAGCCUAGAUAAAAGCAUAUUCAGCAGGAUGUCAAAAUAUACCAGAUCCUCAUAUAAACAGCAUGGAUUACAUUAACAGGCCUCCCUGGGUGAGUAGCGUCUCUUUUGCCUACCUUAUGCUCACCCCAUGGUUAUAUAACCUUUUGAACGGAAUUUGGAAAUUCCUCUGACCCUGCCCUGCUUGCUGAUAGAGUUGAGCCAGUGGCUGGCAGGGGCAUAAUCUAAUAGGUGAAACUGGAAACACACAAAUUCACAGUCCUCUUGUCUCAGCCCAGAGACUGUACAGGCAAGGAAAGAAAGACUCGCCCCAUCUCCCUCCUCCCCUUCUCUGGCCUAAGUUGCCGCUGACUUCACCCAACAGGCACCUGACCCUCCCAGAUGAGCUGGGAGGGGCUAAAGCCUGGUGCAGCCAUGGUGGGGGUGGAGGUACAGGCAGCAAACAAUAUUUAAGAUGCUGACUUGUGGAGCAUUCGGGCUUGGGAAGGAAAGCUAUAAGCUACCCAUUCAGCUCCCCUGUCAGAGACUCAAGCUUUGAGAAAGGCUAGCAAAGAGCAAGGAAAGAGAAAACAACAAAGUGGCGAGGCCCUCAGAUUGAAAGCGUAAGGUUCAGUCAGCCUGCUGCAGCUUUGCAGACCUCAGCUGGGCAUCUCCAUACUCCCCUGAAGGAAGAGCCUUCCUCACCCAAACCCACAAAAGAUGCUGAAAAAGCCUCUCUCAGCUGUGACCUGGCUCUGCAUUUUCAUCAUGGCCUUUGUCAGCCACCCAGCGUGGCUGCAGAAGCCCUCAAAGCGCAAGACACCAGCACAGCUCAAAGCGGCCAACUGCUGUGAGGAGGUGAAGGAGCUCAAGGCCCAAGUUGCCAACCUUAGCAGCCUGCUGAGUGAACUGAACAAGAAGCAGGAGAGGGACUGGGUCAGCGUGGUCAUGCAGGUGAUGGAGCUGGAGAGCAACAGCAAGCGCAUGGAGUCGCGGCUCACAGAUGCUGAGAGCAAGUACUCCGAGAUGAACAACCAAAUCGACAUCAUGCAGCUGCAGGCGGCGCAGACGGUCACUCAGACCUCCGCAGACGCCAUCUACGACUGCUCUUCCCUCUACCAGAAGAACUACCGCAUCUCUGGAGUGUAUAAGCUUCCUCCUGAUGACUUCCUGGGCAGCCCUGAACUGGAGGUGUUCUGUGACAUGGAGACUUCAGGCGGAGGCUGGACCAUCAUCCAGAGACGAAAAAGUGGCCUUGUCUCCUUCUACCGGGACUGGAAGCAGUACAAGCAGGGCUUUGGCAGCAUCCGUGGGGACUUCUGGCUGGGGAACGAACACAUCCACCGGCUCUCCAGACAGCCAACCCGGCUGCGUGUAGAGAUGGAGGACUGGGAGGGCAACCUGCGCUACGCUGAGUACAGCCACUUUGUUCUGGGCAAUGAACUCAACAGCUAUCGCCUCUUCCUGGGGAACUACACUGGCAAUGUGGGGAACGACGCCCUCCAGUAUCAUAACAACACAGCCUUCAGCACCAAGGACAAGGACAAUGACAACUGCUUGGACAAGUGUGCACAGCUCCGCAAAGGUGGCUACUGGUACAACUGCUGCACAGACUCCAACCUCAAUGGAGUGUACUACCGCCUGGGCGAGCACAAUAAGCACCUGGAUGGCAUCACCUGGUAUGGCUGGCAUGGAUCUACCUACUCCCUCAAACAGGUGGAGAUGAAAAUCCGCCCGGAAGACUUCAAGCCCUAAAAGGAGGCUGCCGUGGAGCACGGAUGCAGAAACUGAGACACUUGGAGACUGGAUGAGGGCAGAUGAGGAUAGGAAGAGAGUGUUAGAAAGGGCAGGACUGAGAAACAGCCUAUAAUCUCCAAAGAAAGAAUAAGUCUCCAAGGAGCACAAAAAAAUCAUAUGUACCAAGGAUGUUACAGUAAACAGGAUGAACUAUUUAAACCCAAUGGGUCCUGCCACAUCCUUCUCAAGGGGGUAGACUGAGUGGGGUCUCUCUGCCCAAGAUCCCUGACAUAGCAGUAGCUUGUCUUUUCCACAUGAUUUGUCUGUGAAAGAAAAUAAUUUUGAGAUCGUUUUAUCUAUUUUCUUUAAGGCUUAGGCUAUGUGAGGGCAAAACACAAAUCUCUUUGCUAAAAAGAACCAUAUUAUUUUGAUUCUCAAAGGAGAGGCUUUUGAGUGUUACAGAAAGGAGUGAAGGAGGCAGGUGGGAGAUGGUAUUUAUAUUUUUAAAUCCAGUGAAAUUAUCUUGAGUCUCCACAUUAUUUUUAAAACACAAAAAUUGUUCGGCUGGAACUGACCCAGGCUGGACUUGUGGGGAGGAAACUCCAGGGCACUGCAUCUGGCGAUCAGACUCUGAGCACUGCCCCUGCUCACCUUGGUCAUGUACAGCACUGAAAGGUACAAAGCACCGGCAGGAGGUGGACAGAGUUUCUCAUGGAUGCCGGCACAAAACUGCCUUAAAAUAUUCAUAGUUAAUACAGGUAUAUCUAUUUUUAUUUACUUUGUAAGAAACAAGCUCAAGGAGCUUCCUUUUAAAUUUUGUCUGUAGGAAAUGGCUGAAAACUGAAGGUAGAUGGCGUUAUAGUUAAUAAUAAAUGCUGUAUAUAAGCAUCUUAUUUUGUAAAAAUAAAAUAUUGUGGUUUUGUUUUAAACAUUCAACGUUUCUUUUCCUUCUACAAUAAACACUUUCAAAACAUGA